AUGUUACCAAUCGGUCUGCCUGUGGUAUCGUACGAACCCGAAAGCCCCCCUAGUCCUACCCAGACCCACGGAGUCCGCUCUCUUUUCGGCGUAACUGGUUUCCUACACUCCUUUGUUCCGAAUUACUCACAAGUUACUACACCUUUAACAGACCUCCUGAAGGGUACACCCAACAAGAAGAAACAAGAAGUAGCUAUUGAUUGGACACCCCAACACCAGAAUGUCAAAUUCUAUAUCUUCGUAAUCUAA